AUGAUCUCUCAUCCUUAUCCACUCGGUACACACCAUGAGCCCACCUCUCCGCGCAACGCACCGUCCAGAAGUCAAAGUACACGUAGUAUAGCACGGCAUUUGUCUCAUCAUUCAGCCGCAGGGCGAACGGAGGAAGAAGUAGAGGGAGAGGGGUUUAGGAGGUUGUUAUCUCCUUCACCUGAUGAUCAACCUUCUUCCUUGGAAAACACAGAAACAGAGAUCAUAUCAACCAAGUCGAGAUCUAUAUUGACAGGUAGAGAUAAUUACUAUGGUACCAAGAGGUUGAGGAAAGUAAUUAAGGUUGAGGGUGAUUGGGAUUUGAUCAGAGAAGUGGAUACGGAUGGUUAUGAUAAUAGUGAUAAUCGGACAUGA